AUGUCCGCCGCCGAACAAGUCAAUCUCUCCGACUUUUCCAGCAUCUUCUCCCUUGAGGGCAAGGUCGCUGUUGUAACAGGUGGUUCCCGGGGACUAGGACUACAUGCAGCCUCAGGUCUCCUCCAAGCUGGCUGCUCGAAGGUCUACAUCACCUCCCGCAAGAAGGCAGGCUGCGACGAAGCAGUCGCAGCUCUCAACGCCAUUUCUAACAAGCGGCCCGGAGCACAAGCUAUCUCUGUGCCGGUCGACAGCUCGGAUAUGAACGAGCUAGAUCGACUUGUCGCUGAAGUUGGCAAGACUACAGACCAUGUUGACAUUCUCUUCGCCAAUGCCGGUGCAACAUGGGGCGAGAAUUUCGAUACAUACCCCGAGAAGAUGUUCUCCAAGGUUAUGGAUUUGAAUGUGAAGAGCGUGUUCUACACGAUCCAGAAAUUCGCCCCUCUCCUUACAGCAAAGGCAACCAUGGAAGAUCCAUCCCGCGUUAUUAUCACCGCCUCUGUAGCAGGUAUUGGGAUUGGCUCAAUUGGCGAGAAUGGAACUCCGGCCUACUCUGCUUCCAAGGCGGCUGCGAUCCAUCUGGCGAAGAACUUGGCCGUCGAGCUUGGACCACGCCAUAUCCUGACCAAUGCUAUUGCACCUGGUUUCUAUCCCUCGAAGAUGGCUGCUGGACUUAUUGAGGCAAAGGGCGGUAUGCAGGAUCUUGCGAAAUACUCACCGAAUGGUCGGCUUGGCAAGCCUGAGGAUAUUGCUGGUUUGGUUGUCUUCCUCGGAUCUCGGGCUUCGAGUCAUUUGAAUGGAGCCGUCAUUGCCACAGAUGGUGGAGCUGUACUCAAGGGCAGACUAUAUAUGUUUUGGGAGCAUCCAGUCGAUCAGGAUGUUCUUUUGGCUCAAAGUAACUACCCGUGGACAAAUACUCCUUCUCCAACAUCUGGGCCGAGGUUGAUGUUCUCCUCAUUCCCCGCCCCCGCAUUAAAACCCACCCCUCUCCGCGAUGUCUUCCAAUCUUUCAACACAUCUACCAUGACCUCCCAGAAACCCCGUUAUCUUGCUGUUGCCCAGCGCAAGCAAGCCGAGCUUGCUGCAGCUAUCCCUACCGAAUGGCGGUUGCCCACACACAGCAUCCCUGAGGGGAUGCUCUCAUUUUCUGAGUCGAUCACCGUGGGCCCAAAAAGUUACCAACGAGUCAGGGUGAUGGAUAUUCCUCGAACUUGUGGUAUACUUACACCCAAGGAGUUGGAAAUAACGGAGAAAUAUGACGUGCGGAGCCUUGUAGCGGAGAUGACAGGGGGUCGGUUGAAAGCCGAGGACGUGGUGCGAGGGUUUUGCAAGAGAGCAGCCAUCGCCCAACAACUCACCCGCUGUCUAACCGAACCCCUCUUCGAUCGCGCAUUGCAACGAGCCCGGGAGCUGGACGAUCACUUCCAGCGCACAGGAGCCCCGAUCGGGCCCUUACACGGGCUACCGGUAUCUGUGAAGGAUACAUUCAAUAUAAAAGGUGUGGAUUCAAGCAUUGGAUUAUCUGCAUUGGCAUUCCAGCCUGCAAAAGCAAAUGCCCCGCUAGUAGACCUGCUCCAGUCUCUGGGCGCGGUAGUGAUCGCAAAGACAAACGUCCCACAAACCCUUGCAACAUUGGACAGCUGCAACCACCUUUUCGGGCGCACAUUGAACCCCCUCAACUGGAAAUGGACUGCUGGUGGUAGCACCGGCGGCGAGGGUGCGUUGCUUGCCAUGCGCGGGUCCAUGGUCGGCUUUGGCACAGAUAUCGGUGGUAGCAUUCGUGUACCAGCUAUGUGCCAGGGUAUCUACGGGUUCAAACCGAGUGUUGGACGCGUGCCAUUCGGAGGCCAACAGAGCGGCCAGAUUGAAGGGAAGAGUCGGAUAGGGUUGCAAGCAGUAGCUGGACCGUUAGCUCGCUCUGUCGCGGAUAUCAACACCGUCAUGGCGGAGAUCGUGCCUCGCGCUGAGCUAUUCGGCGCAGAUUGUAUUCCGGGCUCCUGGCCGUCACAAUCGGUACCGAUUACUCUUGGUCCUUCGCGCAAAUUUACUAUUGGUGUUCUCAAGACAGACGGGCUGGUCACACCUCUGCCCCCAAUUACCCGAAUCUUGAACGAAGUCGCCAGCAACCUGCGCCGUACACCUGGCAUCGAAGUGGUUGAUAUCCCCAUUUUAUCGGUUCUACCGAAAUGUCAAGGCGUUGCUGGUCGACUGAUGGGCGUCGACGAUGGGUCUCACAUGCUCGACCUCAUCGAGAGCAUGGGUGAGGAGCUCAUUCCAUGGCUACAAGGCCGUAUGAAACGUGGCAAGGCUCUAACGGUGGUUCAACUGGCAAACCUACAAGCUCAGCGUGUCGAGAUUGAGCAGGAGAUGAUGAAAAUGUGGACGUUGACGACAUCACAGGCUUCGUCUGGCACCCGAAGCGUUGACGCCAUAAUUUGUCCUGUGGCACCACACCCGGUCCCAGAGAUCGACCGGUACAAUGCCGUUGGAUACAGCUCAAUGUUUGUGCUGCUAGACUACCCGGCUGGCUCGGUUCCUGUCCGUUCAUUCACAGAAUCCGAUCUUGAGCUUGGACGGGAAAUUGAUGCGCCUGUAUUAGGAAGUUGGGAUAAGGCUAAUCGGCAGUUGUGGGACGAGAAAACGGUUGACCGUCGUGUGUACCUUGGGUCACCUCUCAGUGUACAGGUUGUCACUCCUAAGCAGCAUGAUUAUCAACUUUUCCAAGCUAUGGAAAUUGUUGAUCGAGCUGUCCAAGGCCACGGGACCUCGACUAGUGCGAAGCUGUAG